CCAUAUUCUACUAUAAAAACAGAAGCACCCAUCCAUGCUCUCCAACAAGCUUGACGGACCGCGUCGAGGACGGUCUUUUGACUCCAUCAAUAAGAGUUACGAAGAGAAGCAACUCAGCAAUGAGUUGAACAAAACUACUUUUCAUAAGACAGAGGAGAACAAAGACAAGAUACGUUCCUCCAAGAGAGAACAUGCCGCAAUUGUCUUCUCUCUAAAGAAUGAAGUCGGAGGGCUUGUGAAAGCAUUAAAAUUAUUUCAGGACAGCCAGGUAAAGCUUUUGCAUAUUGAGUCACGUAAGUCCCGGCGGCGUAACUCAGAGCUAGAAGUACUGGUGGAUUGUGACAGUGAUCGAGAAACUCUAAAAGAUAUCGUUCAGCUGCUCCGCAAACAAACAAGCAUCAUAACCAUGGACUCACCUGAUAAGUUCUGGACUCCUGCAAACGAACUUGCUGAGGUGCCUUGGUUCCCCAAGAAGAUCUCAGAUCUAGAUAAGAGUGCCUGUCGUGUUCUGAUGUAUGGUUCAGAUUUGGACGCGGAUCAUCCGGGAUUCAAAGACAACAUUUAUCGUAAGAGAAGGAAAUAUUUUGCUGAUCUUGCCAUGAGUUACAAACAUGGAGAACCUAUACCACGUGUGGAGUUUACAGAGGAAGAGGUGAAGACGUGGGGUGUCGUUUUCCGGGAGUUGAAUAAGCUGUACCCCACACAUGCCUGUCGAGAGUACCUAAACAACCUGCCUCUGCUCACCCAGUUCUGUGGCUACAGAGAGGACAACAUACCACAGCUGGAGGACGUGUCCAACUUCCUGAGAGAGCGAACUGGCUUCACCAUUCGCCCUGUUGCUGGGUACUUGUCACCGAGAGACUUUCUAGCUGGUCUGGCCUUCAGAGUGUUUCACUGUACACAAUAUGUGCGUCACAGCUCAGAUCCUCUCUACACUCCUGAACCGGACACAUGUCAUGAGCUGCUGGGUCAUGUUCCUCUGUUGGCCGAACCCAGUUUUGCACAGUUCUCUCAGGAAUUAGGACUGGCUUCUCUCGGGGCGUCUGAUGACGCUGUGCAGAAGUUAGCAACAUGCUAUUUCUUCACGGUGGAGUUUGGCCUGUGUAAGCAGGAGGGUUCACUCAGAGCAUACGGCGCUGGGCUUCUCUCUUCCAUCAGCGAACUUAAGCACUCUCUCUCAGGCUCUGCUAAAAUCUUGCCCUUUGAGCCCAAUGUCACCUGUAAACAGGAGUGUCUCAUCACCACCUUUCAAGAUGUUUACUUUGUUUCGGAGAGCUUUGAGGAAGCCAAAUUUAGAAUGCGUGAAUUUGCAAAGACAAUCCAGCGUCCAUUCUCCCUCCGGUUUAAUCCGUACACACAGAGCGUGUGUGUGCUGAAGGACAUGCCCAGCAUCAACGAUGUGGUUGAGGAGCUCAGACACGAGCUGGAUAUUGUAGGAGAUGCUCUCUGUCGACUCAGUGCACACCUUGGCGUCUGAAACCAUUAUGACUCUUGCUCAUAUUAAUAGCUUUUAUUCCUGCUAUCUCUUAUAUCAAAGCACGUUACUCAACAUUCAACUCUGCAAUAGUAUUAUCUCAUUAUCUGCCUUCUCUGACUGCAGAGGUGAAUCACUUGUAAUGUCUCUGUGAGCACCUUUCCUCUGCUACUGAAAAUUUGCCAAAUACCACAAAGCACUUAAAUAUCCAAACACUUUCAGGAGAGUCUUGUGGUAUAAAAAUAUGUGUUAUAACUAAAAUUUUUCACCGUUUUCUUAUUAUCCUGAUGUGAAUCUGAAACUGUGGUGUGUAUAUUGUGUUUUGUCUUCUGAAGACUGUAAUCCUUGCUGCUUGUCCAUGGCCAUUCAUGUUUAUGCUUACUGAAUGCUAAUUAAGUGAUUCUUAUAA